UCUUUUGUCCUGCUAUGUAAACGUCAUCAACCGGCGCCCAUUCAGCGGGACUGUCGCGGCAUUUGAAACAUUAACAUCUUCAGCUGCACAAAAGGCAAAUUUUCAGUGUUUAUCUGUUCCCUCUUGGCUUCAACAUGAUCGAUAUGAUCGAGAAGGAAGACCCGAUCAUAAGCGAGGAGGAAGCGGCACAGUACGACCGCCAGAUUCGUUUGUGGGGACUGGAUGCCCAAAAGAGGUUGCGCGGGUCCAAAGUGCUCCUGGCAGGUUUAGGGGGUCUGGGGGCUGAAGUGGCCAAGAAUUUAAUUCUUGCUGGAGUUAAGAAAAUUACUCUGCUGGACCAUGAACAGGUGUCUGAAGAGUCGUGCCGAGCCCAGUUCCUGGUUCCAGUAACAGAUCAGGGUAAGAAUCGAGCUGAGGCCUCUAAAGAGCGAGCACAGAAUCUCAAUCCCAUGGUGGAAGUUCAUGCAGACUCAGGCAGAAUUGAAGACAAAGCAGAUGACUUCUUUCUGAGCUUCGAUGCAGUGUGUCUGACAGGCUGCUCCAAAGAUCUGAUGGUUAGGGUCGACCAGCUCUGUUCUCAAAAUAAAACCAUGUUCUUCAGUGGGGACGUCUACGGUUACUAUGGCUACAUGUUCUGCAACCUUGGCCCAGAGCACAACUAUGUGGAGGAAAAACCUAAAGUUGUUGCAAAGCCGAGUGAAAAUACUAAUGAUGGUCCAGAGGCGAAGAAGGCCAAAAUUGACGCCAAUGAGACCACCAUGGUGAAAAAGACGAUGAGCUUCUGCACCCUUAAGGAAGCUUUGGAGGUGGACUGGACGACUGAGAAGGCCAAAGCUGGCCUCAAGAAAACACCAGUGGAUUACUUCCUGCUUCACGUUCUGCUCAAGUUUCGCACAGACAAAGGCCGUGACCCCGACCCACAAUCCUUUGCGGAGGACAGUGAGCUCCUGAAACAGAUCCGUGAUGAUGUCCUGGAGGCUUUGGCAGUUAGAGGCGACCUCCUGAACGAUGACUUUGUGAGCUUCUGCUUCUCUGAGUUGUCUCCAGUGUGUGCUGUUUUGGGAGGAGUUCUGGGGCAGGACAUUGUAAAGGCUCUGUCCAAAAGAGACCCUCCUCACAAGAACUUCUUCUUCUUCGACGGCCGUAAAGGAAAUGGCGUGGUCGAUUACUUUGGACCAAAUUAAAACCUAUUUUACACACAGAAAGCAAACUUCUGUCUCUCUGGUUUGCUCUGUCAGAUUAUUUAUAUCACUUCUUGUUCCAGGAAUCAUAAAAUAAAUCUGUUUUCUGUUUUUGUUGUUGGAUCUCAAGUAAACUGUUGCGUUAUUUUUUACAUUUGCUAAUAAAACAUUGUUUGAAAAUGA